CCCCGGGCAGUGCGGCUGGACGACUUGGGUGGAUAACAUGAAGAAGAUCAAUGGUCGUCAUCCUCUUUACGACGAGAGGAGAUUCAAGCUCCUGAAGCAGGCCGAUGACGUCAUCAUACGAGGCGUGAGGGAAACCGUGACCCUGAUUUCCGUAAGGCACCCCCUCGUUCGCCUGGUGUCAGCCUUCAGGAACAAGCUUUUGAAUGGACGCCCCUUCGAAAAGGUAGGGGGGUACCUGCGCGUGGCUCUCCAGGUGUUGCAAUUACCAGCUGAUCGCAACUAUAUCAGCUUCUCAGAAUUUCUUGUUUACGUGAUCAGAACCCGAAGUCAGCCGGACAGACACUGGAACACUUACCGAGAGCUGUGUUCCCCGUGUUACUUCAACUACAACUACGUCGCCCUCCUGGAGACCUACACGGAGGACAUGCAGUACCUGGCGCAGGAGUUCGAGAUCCCCAUCGACCCGGAGGCGAGACGCAAUGCCAAGAGCGAGCCUGGCGAGGACGAGAGCGCCGCCUUCAGGUACUAUCGCAAUGUCUCCUUGUCAAUCCGGCGUCAGAUCUUCGACAUCUUCAAGGACGAUAUGGAAAUGUUCGGUUACAAACUUCCCGACGACUUCUGGAUCAGCGGAGAUGAUGGCGAAGUUUCAUAG